UUCAGAGAAGCCUAAAUAAUUUAUAAAAUAUGAAGGCAGAGUCUGCAAGAAAACAGCAGCAAGACAAGUCCAGAAUAAAGUUCAACCACGAAGCUUACACCUCUAAGAAGGGUGGGAAGGGAGAUACUGACUUCCAGCUCAUGGUGGAGAACAUACGUGCCCGCGUCGCUCCUCCAGAGACUCAUAAGAUUCCUGACCUGAGCAGGAUAAAUAUAUGCGUAAGGAAAAGACCCCUACUGAUGAAAGAAGCUAAUAAGGGCGAUUUUGAUAUUAUUAGCUGUACGAAUCCAGCAAUUCUGGUCCAUAAGUGCAAGACCAAGGUAGAUGGGAUCACCAAGUACAUUGAAAAUUCUGCAUUUGAAUUCGAUAAUACCUUUUCGGAAUACGAGAGCUCCGAAUCAUUGUACUUUUCGAGCAUCCAGCCCCAAAUCGACUUUUUAUUCGAUGGUGGCAUUGUCACAUGCUUUGCAUACGGCCAGACCGGAGCCGGGAAGACAUUUACCAUGGAAAACGUUCAAAAGUUAGUGAUCACUGACUUCUUUGCCGGGGCAGAAAUUAUGAAAGAAGAAACCGGAGCAUUAUACACUUUCACGGUAACCUACUACGAAAUCUAUAAUGGCAAGGUCUUCGAUCUUUUUGAUAAGCAUAAAGAAAAGAAGGUACAGGAGUCUAGGAGUAAGCAAAUCAAAAUUCCGGGAUUGAAGGAAGUCCAAGCCCAGACUGCUGAAGAAAUGACACACCUGAUCGAAUAUGGUCUGAGCGAACGUAAAACCAAAUCUACAGCUUGUAAUGAUACUUCAAGUAGAUCCCAUGCAAUAGGGACGAUACAUAUUAAAAGAGUUGAUUCUAAUAACAGAGUGAUUUCCGAUUCAGGGAAGCUCCUUCUAGUCGACUUGGCAGGUUCUGAGAAAGCUCAUGAUAGCCAAAGUAACAAUAAAUCGAGAAGAACAGAAGGUGCUGAGAUAAAUACCUCCCUCCUCUCCCUCAAAGAAUGUAUCAGAGCUAUGGAAUCUGACAAAUACCAUAUUCCUUUUAGAAGAUCUAAACUCACCAUGGUGCUCAGAGAUUCUUUCAUGGGUGGUCUCAGCAAGAGUCGGGUGAUUAUGAUUGCUUGCAUUUCACCUAACUCCUCAUCAACUGAGCAUACAAUAAAUACGUUAAGAUAUGCAGACAGGUUGAAAAGUUCAACUGAAGGUUCAAGUAAGCAAAAAGAGACCUGUGUGAAUAAUAAAGGUGGAUACAAUGCAGACAAGUAUUUGAGUAAUAGCCCUGAGGAGUGCCCUCAAGAGCCUCAGCAGCACUCCUUCAACUUCAAUAGAACUCUAUCGUAUGAGAAAGACAUGUAUCUCAUGGCCCAUGAAAAUCAUAAAGACUCUAUUGAGAUCUUGGACAAGUACAAAAGUGAAUCUAAUUAUUCCUCCCAGAGGAUGCCCGAGGAGCAGGGCAAAAGAAUUAUUAAUAACAUUCAUGAAGAUAGCUACAGCUACUUCGAGCUGAAUCCUCAUAGCUCAAAGGAUACAUCUCAUAUGAAGCAGGAGGAUUUCUUGGCUGUCCAUGAAGAUCAAAAGUACAAUCCAGCUACUAGAAAGUCUUACUCUCAUAUGCAUUUUGAGCAAGCCAAGGACCAGGAUUCUGACCAUGAUCUACAUGAAGCUGUUUAUGGGUUAUCCAAAAAGAAAAGAACAGGAUAUAAGCACAAUUUUGCACAGAAAAAUAACGUCUAUUCACCUGAAAAUGAUGAUCACCAGAGACUUGGUGAUUCGGCUUUCAACCAGUUUUCGUCUGAACAUUCUGAUCGUAAGGAAGAGUCUGAAGAUGACAUAAUGCAGGUGGAAUCUGACCACAGCAAUGAGGUCAGCAAGACAAUGGUCAGAUACUCUGGCAUUAAUCGAGGAUCCUAUAAAGAAAGCAAUUUGCUUCUCAACAAUAGUUCUACUAGUAUUUCAAACCAAAUGAAACAUUCAAAAAGCAGCGGGAAGCUGAACCACUAUGAUAACAAUGGGUCAAGAAGAGGAGAAUUUCAGAGAGAAAGUUUCUUGCAAUCCUCGAUUACCAACGUACCUCAGGGCGCAUAUAUAAUCCGUAAGAAGCCUUCAACAAGAAUUGAGCCAGUUUCAUCAAAACCUCAGAAAUUCAAACUUGAAAUUCAAAGGAAAGUGUGAAUCAGACCCCCAGAGCUAGGUGUAGACCUAGAUACAUGAGAAGGGCAGGAAAUAUCUUGCACACUCUUAAGGCCGCUAGGUACCGUAGAGGUAUAG